AUGUCGCAAAAGCAAGACCAAGUGAUCCUAGUCACCGGUUCCUCUGGCUUCAUUGCCACUCAUAUCGUGGAGGACUUUCUUCGUGCUGGCUAUCAUGUUCGCGGAACCGUCCGCUCAUCCGCCACGGCCGAGCUGGUCCGCCAAAGCUUCUCUCAAUUUACACCUCGAUUGAGUUUCGUGAUUGUGGAAGAUAUGGGCAAGCCAGGAGCAUUUGAUGAGGCAGUUCAAGGUGUUCAAGGCGUGAUUCAUACCGCAACCCCAUUCCAAAUCUUCAAUGUUGCGGACAAUGAGCGCGAUCUACUCCGUCCAGCCAUUGACGGAACCAUCAACCUCCUCAACUCCGUGCUCAAUCAUGCUCCUGAAGUAAAACGCGUUGUCGUCACUUCUUCUUUCGCCGCCAUGGUAGACAUCACCAAGGGCUCAUGGCCAGGUCACGUUUACUCCGAAGCCGAUUGGAAUACGACACCCUACGAAGUCGCAGCCGCUAAAGGCGCUCCGGCUGGUCUGGCAUACACUACUGCUAAGGCCUUAGCUGAACGUGCUGCAUGGGAUUUUAUGAAAAGCAACAAGCCCAAUUUUGAUCUCGCAACAAUCAUGCCCCCCAUGGUGUAUGGCCCUAAUAUCAAUGCCACUGCCAGCUUGGCCAAGCUGAAUACCUCCUCUUCUGAUAUUUACCGCCUGAUUUCAUCUCAAACCAAAUCUUCUGAUGAGGUCCCGCAAAAUAUGUUCUGGUCAUUUGUGGAUGUUCGUGACGUUUCAAAGGCCCAUCUUCGUGCCUAUGAGGUUCCUGAGGCCGGCGGCGAACGUUUUUUCGUUUGCACUGGUAACUUCACGUAUCAGCAGUUUGUUGACGCUCUUCGUGAGAGGAUUCCUGAAAUCCAAGACCGUGUGCCUAUCGGGAAGCCGGGCACUGGAGCUGUCCCGUCGAGCGUAUACACCAUUGACAAUACGAAAUCACAGGAGGUCCUGGGUAUUCAAUACCAUGCGCUUGAGGAUACUGUUGUUGAUGCUGCACGUUCUCUUUUGGAACUGGAGAGAAAAUCUGUCUAG